GAAUGUCCAAUAUCCUUCUUCGACGCAUAUCGAAUAUAUGUCAUCGUAGCCGCAUGCAUAGCAGCGUUGCUCAUCAUUGCGAUUGUUGUUGUGAUCUUAAUCGCUUUGAGGGAACGAGAAAACGAAAAGAAACGACAAGAUGCCCUAUGGAAGAUACAUUUCCAUAAACUUAGAAAACCUGUGCAUAAGAGCAGAUCGCAGUCAUUUACAUCAGCAGUUUCGGGUGUAUCAGGAAGAUCCGGAGAUAUGUCAGAAAUUCUUGACUGGAGAACCGAGACUGAUAAACUGUGCUACUUUUAUCAUGGAGCCGAACCGUUGACUGCUUUCAAGCAUACUAUUGUGCUGAGAUUCGAUGAAGUAACGAACGCUGAGUUCAGAAAGAUGCGCCAAAUCGAGCAUGACAAUCUAAAUCGUUUUGUUGGUGUAGCUGUGGAUACCGGACUGAUAUAUUCACUAUGGAAAUUUUGUCCUCGAGGAACACUGCAGGAAGUGAUAACAAAAGGAUCGCUGCCCAUGGAUACUGUUUUCAUCCGAUCGAUGAUGAUGGAUAUAGCCUCGGGCCUUCACUUCAUCCACGAAUCGGCUAUGCAUGUGCAUGGACGUCUUACUUCUCAGGUAUUACCCGUACAUAGUUGCAUGGUGGACGACAGAUGGCAGGUGAAAAUCUCCUACUAUGGUAUGACGUGCAUAAAAGAAUAUGAAAGAAGAACGGAAGAGGCUUGUUACCAACGAGGUUCCUAUCUAGAACAGCUAUGGACAGCACCAGAAAUUCUACGAGGAGAAGUUGAUGAUAUCGGCACCCAACCGGGAGAUGUUUACAGUUUCGCUAUAAUUGCCAGUGAAUUGGUGACCAAAAAGACUGCGUGGGAUCUUGAUAAUAGAAAGGAGAACGCUGACGACAUUAUUCGAAAGGUUACCAAACCAUCCAUGGACCCUUUUAGACCAGCCUUGGAGAUUCAUGAGAGUAUUGAAAUCAUACCAUCGCUGAUCAAUCUGAUUCGUGAAUGUUGGUCUGAAUGGCCACGACAUCGCCCUGAAAUGAAGAAAGUCAAAUCAUUACUUUCUUCUAUGCAAACAGGAAAGAAACUGAAUCUUAUGGAUCAUGUAAUGAAUACUUUGGAAAAUUAUGCCAGUUCAUUGGAGGCAGAAGUUGAAGAACGAAUGAAGGAGCUUGUGGAAGAGAAAAAGAAGAGCGAUGUCCUUCUCUACAGGAUGCUACCAAGGUGCUCAAAAUCAAAGAUAUCCUGCUUGAUCGCACAGUCCAGGCAGAAUUGUAAUACUUGUGUACAUUUUGGUAGCAAAACUUCAAGUGAGGCAUUUCCUCUAGGAGGCAGUUCUAGGAUUUACUACAACUUACUACUUGCCUAGAC